AUGGUGCUUCAUCGGGCCAUCCAGGCGGCUCGAGCUGGGGAUCUUGCAACCCUGAGGGAGCUAGCAUCCUCUGGUCACCUCUCACCAGCCAUCACUGAUGCUCAAGGUGCCAGCCCCGUGCAUCACGCAGCCAGGUGCGGACGCCUGGAGUGCCUGCAGUACCUGGUGCGCGAGCUGGGUCUACCAGCUGAUCCGCGGGCUUUAAACAGGGCCACGCCAGCGCACGAUGCAGCAGCUACUGGCCACAUCCGGGAGCUGCAGUGGUUGGUGGACCGGGGAGGCUGCAACACUGAGGACAGGGAUGCAGCUGGCGCCACAGCCCUCCACCUGGCCGCUCGGUUCGGUUGUGUGGAGGUCAUUAAGUGGCUGCUCUCUGUUGGAGGGGCGGCGGAGGUGGAGACGAACUGUGGAGCAGUUCCCGCUCACUACGCUGCGGCCAAGGGAGACCUCACCUGUUUGAAACUACUCAUCCAGCAGGCGCCGGGGUGUUUGAACCACCAGACAGGUAUCGGUGCCACCCCGCUGUACCUGGCCUGUCAGGAGGGGCACCUGCACGUCGUGGAGUACCUUGUUAGGGACUGCGGCGCUGACGUCCACCUGAGGGCCCACGAUUUCAUGACCUGCCUGCACGCCGCUUCUCACAUGGGCCACCAGGCUGUGGUGGUGUGGCUGGUGAGCUGCACUGAAGUCGGCCUGUCCUGCCAGGACAGAGAUGGAGCCACUGCUCUGCACUUUGCUGCCAGCAGGGGGCACUAUUGCAUCUUGGAGAGGCUGCUUCACAUGGGUUCAAAGGUCAUUAAAGAUUACUGGGGAGGGACCCCACUUCAUGAUGCUGCAGAGAAUGGAGAGCUGGAGUGCUGUAAAAUCCUAUUAGCCAAUCAAGCGAACCCCUCAGAUCAAGACAUUGAUGGAUUCACAGCAGCAGACUUGGCAGAGUACAACGGACACUACGAAUGUGCCAGAUAUCUCCGUGCCAUGGAGAGAAACACACUCUGUGCAGAGAGGCCCAUCGAGGCGAUCUCUCCAGUGGAGGCAGAAGAGAAGGUGAAGCCGACUGUGCUGUUGCAGCGCAGCGGGGACGACUACUACGGCUGCCUGAGCGACACAUGCAGGGACAGUCUCAGCGGUGACACACCCAUGGAUAGUUUAAAGCGACCCGAGAGUGAGGACUCCCCGCAGGCCAGAUACCCUCCUGCGCCCGCUUCACCUUCAGCUUCACCCACACCUGCCGAGCCACAGAAUCACACCGUCAGCAGAAUAGAGCAGGUUCAAAUAGCAACAUCUGUUAUUAAAGGUUUCAAUCAGCACAAAGCAGCUGGGAGUGAAAUAACUGUCUCUGCUGAUAAGACGAUGUUGCCUGAUGCAAACCUCCUGGCUCAAAGAAAACUUCUUGGGGACAUGAAGUCCAUUCAAUCUUUGAGGCAAUCAGGGAUGUCAGGAGUCUUCACUGGACAAGCAAAUAAGAUGGUGGUUCUCCCCACCGAAGAGGCCAACCUGUCAGACAUCGACUACCUGGUGCCCACCCACGAUGAGAGAGGCCGUCCCAUUGCCGAGUGGAAGAGGCAAGUGAUGGUGAGACAGCUGCAGGCCAGGCUGCUGGAUGAGGAGGAUCAGAGGAGGAAGGAAAAUGGGAACAGAUAUGCCAAAGUCAGCUGGAGGUACUCCCAAGCCCAUAAUGCCAUCCUGGGGCCCUCUGGUGAGCUGCUGACUGAGGAUGACCUCAUCUAUCUGGAGCAGCAGAUCGCCAACGUCUCCAUGCAGAGGAACUGCGAGGGCUACGAGCUGGAGCUGGCUCGUCUGGCCGAGGAGCUCAGGCACAUCCUGCCGGCGCCCAUAGUCAACAUCACCGUCAACACGCAGUUCAGAAACUUCACAAGUCAAGUCCCUCUCCCUGUGUGGUGCGGCCGCAUCUCGGGCAUCGUGAAGAGCAUGUCUCUGCUCAUGAGCAACCUGACGGACCAGCCCUACUGCAAGAUGCCCAACACCGACCUGAUCACCGUGUUCUCUCAGACCCCAGAGAGACAGAACUCCACCAGGGGACGCAGGGAGAGGAUAGAGGAUGAAAUCCAUCAGUUCGGAGUGUCUGUGAGGACGCUGAAGUCUAAUUUUGAGACACAGAACUCACCUUUGUCGGACGAGCCCGAGGAGGAGGAGGAGGAGGAGGAGGAGGAGGCCAUCAUGUUAAGUUCGUCCACGCAGCUUGAGGCCACGGAGUCGGACGAACAGCUUCAAGUCUCGAGUCCAGCCCAAGAAACAGACCAGAACAGCGACUCCGGCAUCGACUAUGACGAAAAUGUCGCAGAUGUUCUUGAGACCACCAGCCUCCGAAAAGAGCGCAUAGUAGUGCUGUUCUUAGGCCACUGGAAGAAAUCCGCCUACACUGUGACGCUGAAGAGCAAGGAUGCUGCAGAGAGGAAGAUGGGUGGCGGCGGUGGCGGUGGUGGUGGUGUUGGCGGCAGCGGUGGCAGCGGCCCGGGGAUGGGCGACAAAUCGGGGUCAGAUCGUAGAGGCAGCGUGGAGAGCGCCCAGUCAAAGAUGAUGAACAGCUCUCUGGGGCAUUUCUUCAAGCAGAGGAGUGCCGUCAAUAAGAUGCUGGGAAACUGGAGGAGCAUGAUCUCCAGUGUCCCGUCCAGGCAGAUUCGCAGGCUGCACAGGCAGAAAGCUCUCUACUCCCCAGAGCAGUUCCUCCCUCGUCUGGACGGCGUGCCCGUGGAGUACGACAACCUGACCCUGGAUCUGUUCAUGCUGGGCUACUUCCACAUCCUGGAGUUGGAGCUGCCUGUGGACGAACGCAAAAUGAGGCACUUGCUGUGUUUCGAGGUGUUCGACCAUGUCGGGGGCUUCCCCUGGGAGAUGGUCAGGGACUUCCAUAAGGCCGUCAUACAGGACAUCGAGGCUGGAAACCGCGAGUGGAAGGACGGCUUCGAGGACAUCAAAGUAAAGUUCUUCGGGAACACUGCGAGUCAGACCGAAAGCACCGCGGAAGUGGUGAAACACAGCCUCCCAGAGAUUAGACAGGUCCCUAAAGUCAUCGUACAGACACCCACGCCCGAUGAGGGGAAGCUCUACGGCGGCACUGACAUUUCCAGUUUCAGCAAUGAAGAGAUUUGUAAAUACAUCGACCGUAGUUUCGCUUUUUGGAAAGAGAAAGAGGCAGAGAUUUUUGAUUUCGAGUAGUUGUUUGUGUCUUUUUUUUUUUUUGGGAUAUUUUUGUAUGCUUUGUAGUAGAUGACAUUGGGGCUGGGUAUCAAACCUAAAUACUUUUUGAAUUGUGAAUUGAAUUGUCUGUAGCAACUGUCAAAUACUGAACGUUGGCACUGAACGCUCAGCCAGAUCCGUAGCCUUGUUUACUUAUUAUCAGAUAUUGCCUAAUUUGAAUCAUAAUUUUUGUUAAUUUUAUACUGUAUUUUAUUGUGUUUAACAUUAAACAUCAAUGAAUUUCAGAAGUUUAGACUUUGUUAAAUUUUUAAAAAGUUGUUUUUGUAGUACUAGGAUAUUUAGAUAUUUCAGUACUGGUUUUGAAACUCAGGUAUCAAACUGAAAAUGACAUCAACAAAUUUCAAACCAUACCCAGCCCUGUUACAAAAGACUGCUUAAAGCAAACUAGUGUGGUUUUAGGUUAAUGAAAACUUUUUUUUUUCCUUUUAGUAAGAGCAUUUUAUGGUAAAUAUUCUUUAGAAAGCUUAGGACAGACAGGAAACACACCAGUUUCAACAAUACUACAAAAUAAAUCAUGACACAGAUACCUUGAAUAUUUGAUUAUUACCAUAUUUUGCACACUUUAAUUUAUUUUAAUAUCACAUCUCCUUUAAUUUCCUAC